CCGGCGGUCACGCUACACGCAACCUCUGCUAAAAAAAUACGCGAAAAAUAUGCCAUAAAAAGAGGAAAUCGAGCGUGUUAAUUUAGCUUUCUUUGGUAAGAAAGUGCAUAGCAGCUACGGGACGACCAGUGCCCUACCUUUCACCCACUCCGGCCGCCUGAAGACACAGAGAAACGCGGCAGAAAGAUGGCGGAUCCGCUGAGUCUGCUGCGGCAGUACAACAUAAACAAAAAGGAGAUUGUCGAGCGUGACAGCCAGAUCAUCUUCGGCGAGUUUUCCUGGCCGAAGAGCGUGAAGACCAACUAUCUCAAAUAUGGCUCCGGCAAGAAGGGUGCUCCACGUGAGUACUACACGCUGGAGUGCCUGCUGUACCUGCUCAAGAAUGUGAUGCUGCAGCACUCGGUCUAUGUGCGCCAAUGUGCUGCAGAGGACAUACCCGCCGUGAAUCGUCCGGAUCGAAAGGAACUUCUGGCCUAUCUCAAUGGCGAGACACCAACCUGUGCCAGCAUCGACAAGAGCGCACCGCUGGAGAUUCCCACCCAGGUGAAACGUGCCGCCGAGGGCGAACCUUCCAGCGUUGAGGUGGCCGCCAAAAAGGCCCGCUUCGAGGAGACCCAGGUGCAGAAGGUGCGCGAGCAACUGGCCGCUCGCUGGGAUGUCAACCAAAAGGAGACCGCCGUAAACAUGGACAACAUCAAGUCCUUGUCCGAGACGAUGUCCGUUGAAAAGAUCGCCGCCAUCAAGGCCAAGCGUCUGGCCAACAAGCGUACAACCAUUAAACGGACAGACAACGAUGAGACUAUGGGCACGGAUCUCCGUGCUAUUCUUGACUACGAUGUGGACUCGACAAAGGACAUUAUUAGCAGAGAACGGCAGUGGCGGACGCGAACAUCUAUUUUACAGAGCACGGGAAAGAUAUUUGCGAAGAACAUCUUCGCCAUGCUGCAGGGCAUAAAGGUGCGCGAAGAGGGACGAAAUCGGCCCCAGGUGCCCAAUCCCAUCAAGAUGCCAGAGCCGACCCGGAUAGCGAAGCCACAGCCGCAGCUCUCGCAGUACAAUCGUUACGAUCAGGAAAGGUUUAAUCGCCAGAAGGAGGAGACCGAGGGCUUCAAGAUCGACACACUCGGAACGUACCACGGCAUGUCGCUGAAGUCCGUGACAGAGGGCUCUCUAGCGCAACGUAAGGCGCAGGCAAACAAUCUGCCAGGAGCACCUGGUGGAUUACCUGGAGCAGCCGUCGGACGGCCUAAGGAGCUGCUGCCCACGGCCCAGGCUCGCCAGCUGCCAGCCAAUGGACCAACAAAGCGACCCUCGCGCACCCCCAUCAUCAUCAUACCGUCUGCCAACACAAGCCUCAUUACCAUGCUCAACGUUAAGGACAUCCUGCAGGACCUGCGAUUCAUGUCCACCGCAGAGAAAAAGCUGCAGGGCUGCCAGCGCGACAGCGAAGUACUGCUUCAGCGCAAACGGAACAAUCAAACAGUGUCUUACCGGGUGAUAGACAAUCCAAUUAAGCUUUCGCAACAGGAUUGGCAGAGGGUGGUGGCUGUGUUCGUUAUGGGGCCACAGUGGCAGUUCAAGGGCUGGCCCUGGGACGGGAAUCCGGUCGAGAUAUUCUCAAAGAUUUGUGCGUUUCACUUGUGCUUUAGCGAGCUAAAAUUGGACUCCAACGUGGAGCGCUGGUCUGUGACACUUCUGCGACUCUCGCAAAACAAAAGGCAUCUGGAUCGGGCCGUGCUCAGCAAAUUCUGGGAAACUUUGGACAAAUACAUGGCGAAGUACAAGCCCGAUUUGCGGUUUUAGCCGUAACCGCACACUUCGAACUAUCUGCUGAAAAAUAUUUUUGCGAUGAUGACACCUGCACCGUUCCCUCAACCACUCUGGAUUAGUUACCAUUAUUCUUUGCGCUCAGUACACAACGCAAGCAUGUUAUACGCAAAAAAAGACCGAAUCUGGGUCCAUUGAUCCUCCCAAGACCCUCAUUAGAUUUUGUCCAGGAUGCUAGCUUGCAUUUAGCAUCCACAAUAGUAGCAGUCGGCCUCCGACGGGGAAAUAGGCCCGCAGGCAAUUAAGGGAUAAGAGAAACAGUUUGUUUUUCGACUUGUACAAUGUAAACUAUAAAACAAACUGAUCAGAAACCAAUUAAUUUGUAUUUUUAGUGAUAAUAAAAAGUUAAAAGUCAUUCAUUUA